AUGGGAUUCACAGAAUUUAUCAAUGAUGCUGGCCUUACCAUGCUCAACGGCUGGUUAGAGACCCGUUCAUACAUCGUUGGAUACUCCCCAAGUCAAGCUGAUGUCGCCGUCUUCAAGGCUCAGCCAUCCGCCCCAGAUGCCGCAAAAUUCCCUCACGCUGCUAGAUGGUACAAGCACAUCAACACAUGGACUGAGGAAUUUGCUACCCUUCCAGGUGAUGCUUCCAAGGAAUAUACUACAUACGGCCCAGAGAAGACUGAGGCUACCUUGAACCCAGCAAAGGCCCCAGCUGCCGAGGAAGAGGAUGAUGAUGAGGUUGAUCUUUUCGGAAGUGAUGACGAGGAAGAAGAUGCGGAGGCUAUCAGAAUCAGAGAAGAGCGUUUGGCUGAAUACAAGAAGAAGAAGGAGGGCAAGACCAAGCCUGCUGCCAAGUCUGUUGUCACUAUGGAUGUCAAGCCAUGGGAUGAUGAGACCGACAUGGUGGCAUUGGAGGCUGCCGUUCGUAGUGUCGAGAAGGACGGCCUCGUCUGGGGUGCUUCCAAACUCGUGGCUGUUGGUUUCGGUAUCAAGAAGUUGCAGAUUAACUUGGUCAUUGAGGAUGACAAGAUUGGUCUUGAUGACUUGCAAGAGGAGCUUGCUGAGUUCGAUGAUUACGUUCAAUCUUCCGAUAUUGCUGCUAUGCAAAAGCUGUAA